AUGGCACCAAAGAAUACCGACCCGCAUGGCUUAGGUCGUCACACCGACACUCUCGAGAAGUCAGAUCACCAAGAGUACCUGAAGUUGACCUUCAUACAAGCUCUUGUCUCCAGCAUUGGAGGUAUGGCCUUCCUCAAGUUGUCCGUCGGGUUCUCACUCCUUCGCUUGGGCGUUCCCACGUUAUACAACAGGAUACUCUGGUCGCUUAUCGCAUUCGUCUGUCUCUACACACUGGUAUCUUGGAGUGAAUGGGCUGCCGUGUGCAAACCCAUCGCCGGUUUCUGGAAUAAGGACCUCAAGCCAACCUGCGUGCCUGUGAAAAUCCACAAGGGCUUUGCGCUGAUGAAUACAAGCUGCAACAUGUUUACGGAUAUCUGCUUUGCAACCAUCCCUAUUCCCAUCAUUAUGGGGUUGCAGAUGAAGCAGAAGACUCGCAUGUACCUCAUCUUUGUUCUGAGCUUGGGAUACACAGCGGUGGCCAUGGGCAUCGUCAAGGCCGUUGUCCAGAAUACAAAGAGAGGUGACCCCGAUCAGUCAUUCACGAACGACAUCCAAUUCUGGGGCUUCCUCCAGGUGAACGUCGGUAUCAUAGCCGCAUGUGCGCCAUCGCUCAAGCCCCUCGUCGGUGGCAUUCUUCGCCUCCCCUCGACACAGUAUUCCAACAGCCGAAGUAACUUCGCCUCGGGAUCGAACGGCCAGUCCAACAAAAGUAGAUUGCAAAGCAGGAUACGCGUUAGCACUCGGAUUGAGAGCAAAGGGUGGAUAAGGACAGAUAGCGAUAUCGAGCUGGAUGAACGAGAGUCCUUUGGCAGCCAGGCGCACAUAACGAGCAACAAGGAUGGAGUUCGUCAAUGA